GGCUGGACACUGACGGACAUUGGGCCUAGAGAUUGUUCCCUCUGUACCCCGUUUCCUGUGACCCCCCCAGGUGGGGGCAGGGGGUCCCCGGGGGAUCCGAAUUUUCUACCUCCCAGGGACCUGGAGGGAGAGAAGGCAGGGGCGCCCCUCAUCCCCUCAAAGUCUCCCAGGAUGACCAAAGACUAUGAAGAUCUACAGUGUCUGGAUACGGAGGAGAACGGAGAGCCAAUCGGGAGAGGGAUGAAUGGAGAGGGACUGCCUGGGUUCUCCGGUUCCCCGGGCCGGGCCGGGCCGCCCCCGAAGCGCUCCCUCUUGCAGCAGCUGUGCCCUCCCCGGCGCCUGGCCCUGGCCGCCCUGGGGCUGAGCGCCGUGCUGGCCGUGGCCCUGACCGCCCUGGGAAGCCAGAACUCCAGGCUGUGGCAGGAAUUGAGGGAGCUGAGGGAGAACGUGACCACCUCCACCCAUGGCUUGGGGACUGAACUCCACACGCUGAGUGCCGCAGACUCCAAGCUAUGGCAGGAAUUGAGGGAACUGAGGAAGAACACAACCAGCUCCAACCUCGCCUUGGGGACUGAACUCCGCACACUGAGUGCUGCAGGGCACAGUCUGGAUGGACAGGUGAAAUCGUUAGAGUCCAAAAUCCAGGAGCAUGCACAGGUUAUGGAAGAAGCACGUUCCAACUUCCAGCUCCACAUCCAGCGGUUCCUGGCGGACCUCCGGACCGUCCAGUGUCAGAUCACGGAGUUGAAGGAGAACGGCACCAAGGGCACGUGCUGUCCCCCGAACUGGGCCGAGCACAGAGGCAGCUGCUACUGGACCUCCCGGGUCAGCAGGAGCUGGAACGACGCCAAGCAGUUCUGCCAGACGGAGAAUUCCCACCUUGUGGUCAUCAACUCCCAGGACGAACAGAAGUUUAUCCAGCACUUAACCAUACCCACCUUAAUGUGGAUCGGACUCACGGACUCGGACGGCGACUGGAAGUGGGUGGAUGGCACCGACUACAAGAAGACCCCCAAGAACUGGGCCGUCGGCCAGCCGGAUGACUACUACGGACACGGGCUCGGGGGCGGCGAAGACUGCGCCCACCUCCUCCACGACGGCUUCUGGAACGACGACCACUGCAGCCGCCCUUACCGCUGGGUGUGCGAGAUGGAGCUCAGCUCGUAUGUCUAGGAGCCCGGGGCCGCCCCCCGCCCGGCCCCCUCGGAGCCCCCUCCGAGGGCCUGGAACACGUGGACCCCGACGGCAUCUCCUCGAAGCCUUCUUCCAUCCUCUCUAAUCCCGGUGCCUGGGGGCUUCUCGGGGUCGUUCCGACCUCAGGACCAGCCCCCUCCGCACCUCCCGUGUGCUCAGGUGGGGGGCUUUCCCGUCUGUGAAAGACCUCCAGGGAAGGAGAACGCCAGACGCCCCCCACCUCCCCAUUUCUUCUCCCCGGUCUGCCCUGACUCCCUCCUGCUGCACCUCAGCCCCCCUCCAACCCUGCCCCCCUGCAACAUUAACUCCCCCCAAGGACACCUGGGGUGGUGGGGAGGGGGAGAGGAGAGUAGGGAGCCGGGCGGUGAAAAGCCAUUAAAGCCAAUUGCCUUCCA